AUGGGACUAACUAAAUCUUUUGUAUUUGUCCCUCUCAUAGGGCUCCUCAUAUCCUCUGCGUCCGCGUUGGAGGUUGGAGUGGAGAUCUUGGAUGAAGAAACUAAGGAGCCACUCGGCCUUCCUUAUCUGAAACUUUGCCGGCCGCCGGAUUCUAACCCUUCUUGGCCCGUUAUCGUGAUUGACCCACUCGUAACUUUCUGUGAGAUGGUGGGCCCUGGGAUAUCGAUGGGUGUGGGCAUGGAACCGGACUGGAAAGCACGCACCUCUUUGCGAAGGCCAGAAGGUGAUAUCCCAUUUACUUACCUCUAUUUGGUCGGGCCCCAGAGCGGGAUACCCUUGACCAACGAUCCGGAUAGGGGUUCAAGCAGCUGGUUUGGAUAUGGUACAAACUCAUAUAAGAAUUAUGAAGCUUCAAUCUUUGAAGUCGCUCGUACGGAUGCAAAUGGUGAACGAGUGCCACAAACGAUUAAUUUCGACAAUCCUUUACAGGUAGGAGAUAUUCUUGAAUGGGCAGGACCAAAUGGGUUUGAGGGUGAUUACCAACUACGGCUUGGAAGCAAUACCGAAGGAGGAAUUCAGCGAAUAAUGCGCUCAGACAAGCCAAUCCACGACUUCUUACCAAUCCGCCUUGUUGUUCUAGAGCUUCAUGAAGCGGAAGUUCUCGAGGAGUUACCACCUGAGCGUGUAGUCCGAAAUCCUGAACCUGAGGUUAUCUCAGCUGUCGUGGAAGACAUCGCAGUAGAGGAAGGUGUUAUUCCAGAGCCUGGGCCACAAGGCAUAGUACAAUCAUAUCUCCCUGACCAAAGACCCGAACGCCCGAGUAAAGAUCCGGGACUAGGGAGAUCCCUUUUGAAUAUGAUAGGCUUUGGGGGUAAAAAACCGAGGGAGGAGAGGGUGGAAGAAUCAAAAGAAGAAGUCCGUUAUAGUGACCCUUCAAAGAUCAAAGGAUGGGAUCCGAAAUACACAAAUCCUUUCGAUAAACCACUUGCGGGGUCACGAAUUAACAAGGAUGUCGUCAAAGAUGAACCGACAAAAUCGACAUCGCGCUGGGGUAACCUUUGGGGUAACGACAAGAGCAAGAGUAAAGGCACCGAGGAAGUCAUUCAACCGCGGCCAGUUACUCAUAGUCGACAGCCCAUCAAGGAUCUGGAUACCGAGACCUUUGUAGAAAAGGCAACGGGGAAGGUUAUGUCUUUGAUACAACGUAUUCCAAAAAUCCCUAACAUCCUGCCCAAAAAAGUGGAUAAGGAUUAUCCUUUGGCUAAGCCUGUAGAUGUGCUAGUCCCCGUAAUUGACAACAUUCCAGUCAAUGUUCCGAAAGAAGGGGAAGACUUGCUCGAAGAGAAUGAUGAAGAUAUAGAUGUUCUUCGCCAAAGCUCGGCUUAUGGAAGAAAUCUAUUCGGUGAUAAUGGGGGGCCUGGAAAUGAUGUCCUCUAG